AUGUACCUCUCCGCGGCUGAUGAGGCUGUCAAUGCGGUGCUCAUCCGAGACCAUGGUACCCAGGUGCCCAUUUAUUAUGUCAGCCGAGCUCUCCGUGGGCCGGAGACUCGGUACACUCAGGUGGAGAAACUAGUGCUGGAAUUGGUCCAUGCGACUCGACAAUUAAAGUCUUAUUUUCUGGCCCAUCCUAUCUCAGUCAGAACUGAUCAACCUAUUCGACAGAUAUUGGUGCGUCCCGAGAUUUCCGGACGCCUUACCAAGUGGGCUGUCGAACUAGGAGAAUAUGACCUGUCAUACAAACCCCGUACGACGAUCAAGGCCCAAACAUUAGCAUAUUUUCUAGCCGAAUUUACGUUCUCCGUGAGCCAAGACGCCAGCUUAGCACCAUUCGGGCCUCAAAACUGGACGCUGUAUGUGGACGGAUUUUCCAACAGUGAUGGCAGCGGAGCAGGGCUGCUCUUAGAAGAUCCCCAUGGAGAGGUAUGCUUGUACACCCUCCGGUUUGACUUCUUUGCAACCAAUAAUGAGACCGAGUAUGAAGCUUUGAUUGCGGGACUUCGGCUAGCCCGCAAACUCGGUUCUCGACAAAUCCAAGUCUACAGUGACUCUCAACUUGUGGCGAGUUCGUUCUCGGCUCUCAACAAGACGGUUCUUGUAGAAAUGGUGACCGAACCCGAGUACCUGGAGGAAGUGGUCUGCCCUGUGCAUUCGGGAGACACAUGGAUGAGCUCACUCAUCCUGUUUUUGGGCCAAGGAAUCCUCCCUGAAGACCGGGUUGAGGCCAAGAGAGUACAACGCAAGGCCGCCCGCUACGCCCUCCCAGACGACGAGUUAUAUAAACGAUCCUAUUUUGGCCAAUUGCUACAGUGCAUUCCCACCGAUGAAGGGUUCUGUAUUCUCAAGGAGAUACACGAGAGCCUCUGUGGGGCACACAUCGGCUAUAAGAUGUUGGCCAAAAAGGCCCUAUUCCUCGGAUAUUAUUGGCCUACCGUUCAACAGGACGCUCAAGAUCUCGUACUUAGCUGUCUUUCUUGCCAGGUCCAUGCCUCCGAACACCAUCAACUCACGAACCUUAUGGUUCCGAUCACCUCGCCCUGA